UGCAUCCGACUGCCUGUUUUCGAGGUUCUACUCGUCUGGUCUGCCGGAAGAUCCAUCCUCGCGGAAGUUGUGACGUGGUCGCAUGAGUUCAGUUCGUGUGACUGUCUACUCGUUGAGGUAGAGCCGGGUAGUGACACAGCGGCUGUAUCAGAAUGUCAGAAGGGGACAGUGCUGGGGACUCAAUCCAUGGAAAACCAUCUGUAGUUGCUGCCUUUUUCACACGGGUCGGACAGAUCUAUCAGUCAUGGCUAGACAAAUCAACGCCAUAUUCUGCAGUGCGAUGGGCCUCCACACUUGCACUUACUGGACUGUACAUGAUCCGAGUGUACAUACUCCAGGGUUGGUACAUAGUUACGUAUGCCUUGGGAAUCUACCAUCUGAACCUGUUCAUUGCUUUUCUAUCACCAAAAGUAGAUCCUUCACUGCUUGAUGAAGAUGAAGGCCCAGCCCUUCCUACCAAGCAGAAUGAAGAGUUCCGUCCUUUCAUCAGGAGGUUGCCUGAGUUCAAAUUCUGGCAUUCAGCAACAAAGGGCAUUGUCAUUGCCAUGGUUUGCACCUUUUUUGAAGCCUUCAACGUGCCGGUGUUCUGGCCUAUACUUGUGAUGUACUUCAUCAUGCUCUUCUGCAUCACCAUGAAGAGGCAGAUCAAGCAUAUGAUCAAGUAUAGAUACCUACCAUUCACGCAUGGAAAGAGGACAUAUAAAGGCAAGGAAGAAACAGGGAAACCUUUUGCUAGUUAAAACCCCCACUUCCCUUUAUCUUUGUAUGAAAUCUACCAUUCACAGUCCAUGGAGAGAGAGGGGCUCAGAUCAUUUUUGUAAGGGGACAUUUACAUGACAAGAAUAAAAACGACACCAUUAUUGAUCCACGUUUGACAGUGUUGUAAGAGCAUUCUCUGGGCGCAGAUCAAACAAGUCUGAAAGUGUUGCCUUUGACCACUAGGAUUGAUGAGAGGGGACAGGGCGUUCUUAAGAGGACUCUAGUCCUACAUUUAGAUUUGGCCAACAUUUGUUAGGAGUCGGUGGGACUCUGUGCUGCCGUUUGCCUUUUAAAGCCUGCUGCUUUUGUACGAGCUCACAGAGAACCACAAUGAAAAAGCAUUUACUCCCCCUCUUGUUAACCCCCGUUGGUUUUUCAAUAAUAUAAAUGGAUGGGUGAGUAUUAUGUCAGCAAUUUGUUUGUUCUAUGUGAUAAAAUUCAAUAGUGCCAAUCAGGACAUGAUUAGUUUGAAAGAGGAAACAUAAAUUCAACAAAACCUUUCUAGAUUGAAGAAUUCCGUCUCGACAAAACUAAUGUGCUCCUCCUCCGAAAUACUUCGGAGCGAAAUUUGGAUUUGUGGCAUUUCACUUGAAUUCACAUUCAUGUUAAAAAUCAGACCUUGUUCAUCUCUACUCAAAUAAUUUUAAUCAAUUGAUAGAAGACCUCAAUUGAUUGCUCACCAAGCCACUGCGUCAUUGGCUGCACAUGUGACAAGUGACACAAACACAUUUCGUCACCGCGAAUCACCGUAGUGUGUAGCUGGAAAGGCAUUUUGUUUGAAAUGGCAAGUCCAUGAAUUAGCGUUACCUCCCAUUUCAACAUUGACUAUGGAUGUAGAGAGCCACGCAUCAUCUUCAAAGAGGCUACCUGGGUGCAGUUUUUAAAAGACUCCACGUUGGUGGCUACAUUUGUGUGUGACUCUAUUUUGGAUUAGUUUACUAAUCUGUGAAUCAAUUGGAGGUUUUGUCAAGUCUCGUGAGGCUCCGACAUGUUUUCUGAGCACAGGGGUGGGGGUGAUUGGGAGUCCUUAAGAGAAGCAAAAUUGAGUCCUGGCCUAUUAGUGUUUCAAAGCCUACGUGCCAUUAUUCUGAUUUGUGUAGACUAGCUCCUGUUCUCAUUUCUAACCUGUUCUUCAUAAAAACGUGACAUCAUCAUCAUUCCAAGCAAACUGUUGUUCUUUCUUUUGCAGAGGAAACGUAAGAAAACUGAGAUUGAGGGCUUUUAUUAUGUCAAAUGGAUGAAGUGGGUGUCGAUCACACCUUUUUGGUUUUUUGGGUUUUUUUGCGGGGAGGGGCAUCCCUGACAGACCUUUUUUUUUUUUUUAAUAUAUAUAUAUAUAUACAUAUAUAUAUAUAUAUAUAUUUUGUUUUCCAAAAUCCUGGAAACUCUGGCUCUUACCGGACUGUGGUCAAGGGAGCAAAACAUAUUUCCUGUAAAAAGUUGCUUCCAAAUGGUUGUCGAAAAGAUCUGUAAAUAUAUAUCUUUAAAUAUGACAAUUGAGAUUUAUUUUUGUUUUUUUUUCCCCCUUCAACUAUGGUAGAUAUGAAUUUGCUAGUGUUGAAAUAAAGUUCAACUAAAAUUGUUAAAAGCAGACCCGAUUAAUCGAGUUCCUGAUUUGGAGCAUUUGAUCUGUUUCUUAUGACUUGCAUGUUAUUGUUUUCUUGUAACUGUUCAGAACUUGGUUUUAAUAACUUAAAUGUAUUUUUUUUCACUUCAAAUGCUAUUAAAAAAAAUAUGUCCCUAGAACCAGUUCAGAAAUA